CCUCGCAUCGAUCCUUUUCCAGCGAAGCGCAGGAAGGUAUUGCUUGCGACCACCAGUACCCAUCUAUCAUUACCGCCCAGAACAACCACAUUACAGUCACCAUGUCUGGUAGCACCGUUCCUGCCGGGGCAGUAGUGCCCGAGGCUCACAUUAUUGAGACCUUCCGUAAAGCCCCCUAAGGAGAUGCUUGAGAACCACCCAAGCAAACCUCAUCUUGCCAACUUCGAGGAGUACCAGAAGCUGUACAAGCAGUCCAUCACCGAGCCCAACGUGUUCUGGGCUGAACGCGCCCGCGAGCUCCUGUCGUGGAGCAAGGAUUUCCAGACUGUCCACAGCGGUUCCCUCGCCAACGGUGACAACGCCUGGUUCGUAGAGGGCGAGCUCAACGCCUCGUACAACUGCGUCGACAGACACGCCCACAAGGACCCCAACAGAGUCGCCAUCAUCUACGAGGCCGACGAGCCCGGUAAGGGAAGGAAUGUUACCUAUGGCGAGCUCCUCAGGGAGGUCUCCAAGCUCGCCCAUGUCCUCACCAACUUGGGCGUUCGCAAGGGAGACACCGUCGCCAUCUACCUUCCCAUGAUUCCCGAGGCCAUCGUUGCCAUGCUUGCUUGCACCAGAAUUGGCGCCAUCCACUCCGUUGUUUUCGCCGGCUUCUCCUCCGACUCCCUCCGCGACCGUGUCGUCGAUGCCCAGUCCAAGAUCGUCAUCACCACCGAUGAGGGCAAGCGCGGUGGCAAGCUGAUUGGCACCAAGAAGAUCGUCGACGAGGCUCUCCAGCAGUGCCCCGAUGUUCGCAACGUGCUCGUCUACAAGCGCACCGGCGCCGACAUCAGCAUGACCCCCGGCCGUGAUCUCUGGUGGCACGAGGAGGUUGAGAAGUACCCUGCUUACUACACCCCUGUGGCCAUGGCCUCGGAGGAUCCUCUCUUCCUUCUCUACACCUCUGGCUCCACUGGCAAGCCCAAGGGAGUUGCCCACUCUACCGCUGGUUACCUGCUCGGUGCUGCCAUGACCGGCAAGUACGUUUUCGACAUCCAUGACGGCGACAGGUAUUUCUGCGGUGGUGACGUCGGCUGGAUUACCGGUCACACCUAUGUCCUCUACGCCCCGCUCUUGCUCGGUGUCUCUACCGUCGUUUUCGAGGGUACCCCCGCCUACCCCAACUUCUCCCGCUACUGGGACAUCAUUGAGGAGCACAAGGUCACUCAGUUCUACGUUGCUCCCACUGCCCUGCGCCUGCUGAAGCGCGCCGGUGACCAUCACGUUCGCAACGAGAUGAAGCACCUCCGUGUUCUCGGCUCUGUCGGUGAACCCAUCGCCGCCGAGGUCUGGAAGUGGUACUAUGAUGUUGUCGGCAAGGGCCGCGCCCAGAUUUGCGACACCUACUGGCAGACCGAGACUGGCUCCAACGUCAUCACUCCCCUUGCCGGCGUUACCCCCACCAAGCCCGGUUCCGCUUCUUUCCCCUUCUUCGGUAUCGAGCCCGCGCUUGUCGACCCCGUUACCGGCGAGGAGAUCCACGGCAACAACGUUGAGGGUGUCUUGGCCUUCAAGCAGCCCUGGCCCAGCAUGGCUCGCACCGUCUGGGGUGCCCAUAAGCGCUACAUGGAGACCUACCUUCAUGUGUACAAGGGCUACUACUUCACGGGCGACGGUGCUGCUCGUGAUCACGAGGGCUUCUACUGGAUCCGUGGCCGUGUCGACGACGUCGUCAACGUUAGUGGCCACCGUCUCAGCACUGCCGAGAUUGAGGCUGCUCUGAUUGAGCAUCACUCCAUUGCCGAGGCUGCUGUCGUUGGUGUUGCCGACGAGCUCACUGGCCAGGCCGUCAACGCCUUCGUUGCCGUCAAGGAGGGUACCCAGAUCAACGAUGCUCUCCGCAAGGAGUUCGUCCUCCAGGUCCGCCGCAGCAUUGGGCCCUUCGCUGCUCCCAAGGCCAUCUACAUCGUUCCUGAUCUUCCCAAGACUCGCUCUGGCAAGAUCAUGCGCCGCAUUCUGAGGAAGAUCGUUGCCGGUGAGGAAGAUCAGCUUGGUGAUAUCACUACUCUCAGCGAUCCCAGCGUCGUUGCCAAGAUCAUCGAUGUCGUCCACGCGCAGCGCCAGUAAAGGGAUAUAGCGCCAACAAAGAAGUAAAAAGCAUAUAAACCUAUUUAAUCUUUUUUUCUUUAUUUCGAAUGGGGCAUGGGAUUUUGGGAUUCAUAUACCAUAAGGGCUGGCCUACUAGUAUGCUGCAAGUCAGUGUCAGUAGUGGUAGUCA